GGGGUUGGGGGGGGGGGGGGUGGGGGGGGGGGGGGGGGGGGGGGGGGGGGGGUGGGGGGGGGGGGGGGUGGGGGGGGGGGGGGGUGGGGGGGGGGGGGGGUGGGGGGGGGGGGGGGUGGGGGGGGGGGGGGGUGGGGGGGGGGGGGGGUGGGGGGGGGGGGGGGUGGGGGGGGGGGGGGGUGGGGGGGGGGGGGGGUGGGGGGGGGGGGGGGUGGGGGGGGGGGGGGGUGGGGGGGGGGGGGGGUGGGGGGGGGGGGGGGUGGGGGGGGGGGGGGGUGGGGGGGGGGGGGGGUGGGGGGGGGGGGGGGUGGGGGGGGGGGGGGGUGGGGGGGGGGGGGGGUGGGGGGGGGGGGGGGUGGGGGGGGGGGGGGGUGGGGGGGGGGGGGGGUGGGGGGGGGGGGGGGUGGGGGGGGGGGGGGGUGGGGGGGGGGGGGGGUGGGGGGGGGGGGGGGUGGGGGGGGGGGGGGGUGGGGGGGGGGGGGGGUGGGGGGGGGGGGGGGUGGGGGGGGGGGGGGGUGGGGGGGGGGGGGGGUGGGGGGGGGGGGGGGUGGGGGG